GAGUGAAGGUAUUGGACGCGCGCGCGGACACUUCUUCUAGUUCGGUGCAGGAUGUGGAUCUAUCUACUGUUGGGCGUCAUAACGGCGGCGGUUUGGUUCGUGCGCCGGAAGUAUUCGUUCUGGGCGGACCGGGGAGUGCCUUACGUAAAGCCUCGGUUUCCCUUCGGAAACAUUCAGGGCAUCGGCCGUCGGAUGCACUCCUCGCAGCUGAUGACAAAGUUCUACAACGAGCUGAAACCAUCCGGAAAGCCGUACGGUGGUAUCUACUUCUUUACCAAUCCGGUCGCCCUAGCGCUUGAGCUGGAGUUCGUGAAGAAUUUGCAACAACGGGACUUUGCGUACUUCCACGACCGUGGCGUGUAUUACAAUGAAAAGGAUGAUCCGAUAUCGGGCCAUCUGUUCAACAUCGAGGGCACAAAGUGGACCAACCUACGCAAGAAGCUCAUUCCGACGUUCUCCUCGGGAAAGAUGAAAAUGAUGUGCCCCACGAUCGUGUCCGUUGGUGAACGGUUCCGCGAAUGCCUCGGCAAGUGUCUCGAGAACGGCGACGGCGAGGUGGAGAUGAAGGAAUUGCUGGCUCGUUUCACCACCGACGUAAUUGGGACGUGCGCGUUCGGUAUCGACUGCAACAGCCUGAACGAUCCCAACGCCGAGUUCCUGCGGAUGGGUCGGAGGGUGUUCGAGGUGCCAAGGGGUCGCAUCCUGAAGUUCUUCUUUAUGGCCACGUUCAAAGACUUUUCGCGUCGGAUCCACAUCAAGGGAACGAGCGACGAAGUGUCGGAGUUCUUCUUCAAGGUCGUACAGGAGACGAUCGAGUAUAGGGAGAAGAAUAAUAUCCAGCGGAACGAUUUUAUGAAUCUGCUGAUGCAGCUGAAAAACGGUGGGCAGCUGGACGAGUCCGGGGAGACGGUAGGGACACUCAGCUUGAACGAGGUCGUGGCGCAAGCGUUCGUGUUUUUCCUCGGAGGCUUCGAGACGUCCUCGACUACGAUGUCCUACUGUUUGUAUGAGCUUUCGUUGAACGAGGAGAUUCAGCAGCGCGCCCGAGAGUGUGUCCAGAAUGCGGUCCGCAAGCACGGUGGCCUAACGUACGAUGCGCUGAUGGAUAUGCCAUACAUCGAUCAGUGUAUCAAUGAAUCUCUUCGAAAAUACCCACCGGGAGCGAAUCUCAUCCGCCAGGUCAGCCACGACUAUCGUGUCCCCGGUACGGACGUCACCUUCCCCAAGGGCAUGAACGUGAUGAUCCCGGUGUACGCCAUCCAUCACGAUCCAGACAACUAUCCCGACCCGGAGCGGUAUGAUCCGGAUCGCUUUUCACCGGAAACGACCGAAACUAGGAAACCUUACACCUUUCUUCCGUUCGGAGAAGGACCGAGGAUAUGCAUAGCGGCCCGAUUCGGUAUGCUGGAGGCACGCAUUGGAUUGUCCGUACUGUUGAUGAACUUUAGCUUUGCUCGAUGCUCGAAAACAAAUGUCCCGCUGGUAAUUUCCUCCCGGCACGCCGUCCUCACGCCCGAGGGAGGCUUAUGGUUGAAAGUUGAAAAACUAAAGAUGUAGUAGAAUGUGCCAUGUGAGGAAAAUAUGAUGAUAUACAUGUAGUAACAUCGGCAGGGAAGGAAAUGGUUUGUGAUAUUUAAAGGGUUUUAGAAAUAAGCAUGAUUUUAUCACCAUACAAAUACACAAUUUUAAUUUAAAAAAAAUUUUAACGCCUUAUACGACAUAGGAACAUUUUUAUAUUUAAAUUUAAAGACAGCAUCUAUUGACCAUUGCAUUGUUAAGCAAAUCGAGUUCCUCGCGCUUUUAUUUCACAAACACAACCAAACGCAGAUGCAGUAACAAAUAAACCAAUGCAAUA